CAGGUACAUCUGCUUUGCAAUCUGCAAAUCCUCCCUCCGUCGCCCCCACCUCUCCUCCACCAGCCUCUCCAUCCUCCCACACCCACUCCCCAAAUCCACGGGGGGCCUCGGCUCCUUCUGAUUGGUCGGGGAUGAGGCAAGAAGGGGGCACGGGAACAAUGUCAUCAUGUCGCCUUAAAAAGAGUGCAGCUAUGUUGUGGCGAAAGCACCUCGGGAGGAGAACGGAGGACCGGUAGCGGGAGGAAACAAACGAAAAGCGUCAGAUGUUUCUGUCCGCGAGCGGCUGAACGUGGAUUUCUUCUCCCCGCAGCAGCGUCCCAAGUGCCUUCAGCUCUCCGCCCAGCGCGAACAUGCCGAGAGGAUUUUUGGUGAAGAGGAACAAGAAAGCCAACCCGGUGUCCUACCGGGUUCGGUCUGACGAACCGCCGCCGCCGCCGCCGCCCUCCUCCUCCUCCUCCUCCGCGUCUCUCGCCUCCGUCCCGGUGCGCGCACAAACGCCGACGCCCACCUGCGGGGCAGCGGCAACAGCUCCGGAGCCGGACGCUAAACCGGUUCAGUUCGGGAACCCGGAGGCGGCGUACCAGGCGCUCUACAGCCCCACCCGCCCUGUCAGCCAGGACCACGACCGCUCCUACUUGGAGAGACGCUUCAACCUCGGAUCACCGGUUUCCGCGGAGUCCUUCCCUACACCAGCAGCCCUCACCGCCUUGGACCACCUCUUCGCCCCCGUGGACCUGAAAAUCGGCUCCAGCAACAGCAGCCGCACCGACGCCGGCGCUACAUCCACCGGGACGCACCCCGCCGCCGGGGCCAAACGGCCGUCGAGCGACGCCGAGCGCAAAGGCAAACCGCCGUCCAAGAAAACCAAAGCUAUCCGGAAACUGCACUUUGAGGAUGAUGUCACCACAUCUCCGGUUCUCGGGCUCAAGAUUAAAGAGGCGCCGGUCGACCAGAAGCCUCCCAGACCCGGGCCGACCGGAGGAGACAACAACCCGCUGGGCGAGUUUGUCUGCCAGCUGUGCCGGGAGGCGUACGCAGACCCGUUCGCUCUGGCGCAGCACAAGUGCUCCCGGAUAGUCCGGGUCGAAUACAGGUGUCCCGAGUGUGACAAGGUGUUCAGCUGUCCGGCCAACCUCGCCUCGCACCGGCGGUGGCACAAGCCGAAGCAACAGAGCGGAGCCUCCGGUGCGCAAAGUCUGGAGAGCGACAAGGCGCCCGCGUCCGGUAAGGCAGCGCCGGAGGAAGCCAAGGAUUCUAGUGACAGGGACACACCCAGCCCUGGGCCGUCCGAGUCCGGCUCAGAGGAAGGGCUUUAUGAUUGUAACCAUUGCGGGAAAAAGUUCAAGCGCCAAGCGUACCUGCGAAAACACCUGGCCUCACAGCACCUCACCUCCUCCGCCCCAAAGCCGGCGGAGGAGGAGGACGCGCCGGCUUGCGAGCAGAGCGCCGCGCCGCUCAACCUGAGCUCCUCCACCUGCCACCUGUGUCCGGUCUGCGGGGAGAACUUUACCAACAGAGGCAGCCAGGAGCGGCACAUCCGCCUGCUGCACUCCUCACAGGUCUACUCAUGCAAGUACUGCCCCGCCAUCUUCUACAGCUCCCCGGGACUCACCAGACACAUCAACAAAUGCCACCCGUCCGAGAACCGGCAGGUGAUCCUGCUGCAGAUGCCGCUCCGUCCCGCCUGCUGAUCCGGACCUUGAGGCAGCCUCCGCAUUGUCAGAUAACAAGAAAACCAAGUCCAGCCUUGUUUCUGAGAGGAUUUGAGGGUUACACUGCAAAAAUCCCCCCCCUUACAAAGCAUCAUUUUACGUUUGGGCUCCUAAAAUCUUAUUGAAUUAAGUCAAGUCAAAGAUAUAUGGCACCUCUGGUUGACUUCAGCGUUGAUGGGAAUUAUUCAUUUUCUUAUUUCUUGCAAUUAUUUGGCACAAAAUCAUCAAAUUUUACUCAACACUGCUGGAGUGUUUGCCUGUUUCUGUCUUGUUUUUUUUAAGAAGCACAAAUCAUAUAAGAAUCAAGCAGAAUUAUGUUAUUUUCCCAAACAAAGUGCCACCUUACUGAGGUCAAAAUGAGAAAGGAAAGCCUGUUUUUACAGUGUAACUCCUGCAGAACCAGAAAAUGUCAAAAACGUUAUAAUCCUGACUCACAUCCACCGUUUAGAAAGGUCAGAGGUCAGGCGCUCACCUGCAGCAGGCAGGAACUCAGCGUCUUGCUCGAGGACACUUCAGCAGCUCCUGGGUGUGUGUUUGAACCCUUGGCCUGCACCCCCCACCCCCAC